AUGCCCGGAUUCCCCCCCAAAUUCCCGGGAUUUCCCCCCCAAAUUCCCGGAUUCCCCCCCGAAUUCCCGUAUUUCCCCCCGAAUUCCGGGAUUUCCCCCCCAAAUUCCCGGGAUUUCCCCCCGAAUCCCCGGAUCCCCCCCGAAUCCCCGGAUUCCCCCCCCAAAUUCCCGGGAUUUCCCCCCGAAUUCCCGGAUUCCCUCCCGAAUCCCCGGAUUCCCCCCCAAAUUCCCGGGAUUUCCCCCCGAAUUCCCGGAUCCCCCCCGAAUCCCCGGAUUCCCCCCCCAUUCCCGGGAUUUCCCCCCGAAUUCCCGGAUUCCCCCCGAAUCCCCGGAUUCCCCCCCCAUUCCCGGGAUUUCCCCCCCGAAUUCCCGGGAUUCCCGCGCAGGCUGUUCCCGCGCCGCUGCAGCCGCUGCCUGGGGGCCGUGGGGCGCUCGGAGCCGAUCCAGAGGGUCCUGGAGCGGAUUUUCCACGAGCGCUGCUUCCAGUGCGGGGCCUGCGCGCGCCGCCUCCGGCGUGGCGACCAAUUCGUGCUGCGGGGCGAGCGGCUCCUGUGCCGCGGCCACUUCCCGGGAGGGCGGGCGAGCCCCGGCUGCGGCAGCCCCGAGCCCUCGGAAUCCGCGCGCAGCGAGGAUGAGGAGGGCGCCCACCCCCACGGGAAGGGCGAGGCCGGGAAGGAUCCCAAGCGCUCCAAGCGGCCCCGGACCAUCCUGAGCAGCCUCCAGCGCCGCGCCUUCAAAGCCUCCUUCGAGCUCUCCUCCAAACCCUGCCGCAAGGUGCGGGAGACGCUGGCGGCCGAGACGGGGCUGACGGUGCGGGUGGUGCAGGUGUGGUUCCAGAACCAACGAGCCAAGAUGAAGAAGAUCGCCCGGAGGCAGCAGCAGCAGCAGCAGCAGCAGCAGCAGCAGGAGCAGCUCGGGAAUUCCCGGCUGGGAAGCGCCAGAGGAGCCGGGAGGAGCGGCCGGGAGAGCAACGAGGAGGAGGGAGAGGGUGCCGGCGGCGCUCCAGGCCUCGAGGGGAUCCUGGUGCCGUAUUCCCGGAUUCCGCCGCAGCCGCUGCUGCCCCUGGAGCAGAACGGAUUCGGGACGGAGCUGGGAAUGUUCCGGCCGGGAAUGACCCCCCCGCAGCUGCACCCCUACGACUCCGAGGGAGUUUUCCAGGAGCUGCCCGGGGACGCUCUGGGAUCCCUGGGCGAGCUCCUGAUUCCCGCCGAGAAUUCCCAGCAGCUGCUGCGCCUCGGGAGCGCCGCGGAGCGCGCCGGGAACGCCAUCGACCGCCUCUGCUCCAUGCACAGCUCCUACUUCAGCUCCUGACCCGCCAGCCCCAAAUCCCAAAUCCCCAAUUCCCAAUUCCCAAAUCCCCCAAAUCCCCAAAUCCCCAAAAUCCCCAAAAUCCCCA